AUGUUCGGUCGCCGUCGCCAGCUGAGCUCCUCUUCGCUCUCGGCGAGCAUCUUGCAUCUUGCUUUUCGUUAUGCCACAGUUCUGGGAAUCAUCUGUUUUGGCAUCGAGGGCAAUCGAACCGAUGGCUGCCUGGUGGCUCAGAACCGCUUCUGGUACAAGUGGUUCUGUCUGCUAUCCCGAUUGCUAAUAUGUGGCAUUUACGGCUACCUUAGCCUCGACUACAUCUUCAGUUUGGCUAAUUCCCAUUUGAUUAUUCUGUCGUGGAUUCGCAUGGUGUGCUGUCUGAUCUGUGCCUUUGCCAUUCUGAUAAUGCAAUUCUGUUUUGGGCAACAUGUGCUACGGGUGGUGAACAGUUAUUUGCGGCUGUUUCGGAGAGUCAACGCGCUGUCAGGCUGCCAGGAGGGAGGCUUUGGCGGCAAGAGGGAGUUAACUCUGUUGACCUUCAAGAUGAUUUGCAUCAUUAAUGAACUGUUCAACGAAAUUCCGCAUUUCUUUGCUGGUUUAAAUAUGCGACGCCUUGUAACCCUAAUCUGUGAAAUAUACGUUACCGUCAAUGCUACCAUGAUCGGUCACAUCUGCUUCGUGGGCUACCUCAGCGUCGGAGCCCUCUAUGCCCGGGUCAAUGUCUAUGUGCGCCAUGAGUUGCGACGCCAGCUGCGAGGCUUGGAGCAGCCCAAUGGCUGUCCCGCCAGUCGGCGAGAGCUAAAGGCAGCUGGCUACCGGCUGGACGAGUGUCUGGCCAUCUACGAUGACAUCCAGCGAGUGGGCAGCGCCUUUCAUCGCCUAAUGGAACUACCGCUAUGUCUCAUACUGCUUUUCGCCUUCUUGAGCAUGACGUUGGUGUCCUACUUCAUCAUGCUUCAGCGAUUUCGUAAUGUGGCGCUUUGGCUUCUUGUGGCCCGAUUGUUCUUCGAUGUGGUACUGCUGACAUUGGCCAUUCAUGGUGCCGGCAGCAGCUCCCGAGUGGUGCGCAGGCUAAGCCUCGAGAAUUGCUACGUUACCGAACGCAACGAUUGGCACAAUAAGCUGGAGAUGUUUUUGGGUCGAUUGAACUUUUUUGAGUUCCGAGUAUGUCCACUGGGACUAUUUGAGAUAUCUAACGAGUUGAUAUUGGUCUUUUUGUCGGGCCUUGUCACAUAUCUCACGUACAUAAUACAGUAUGGAAUGCAGUCGAAUAAGAUUUGAAAUUUGACUUGAAAGCGAAUAAUGCACUUUUAAAAUUUUGCAUUCCACUGGAAAAGUAGCUGUCGCCGGAAACUAAACCCGUUUGAGAUGACCCAAAAACCGCUAAGUAACAAUCGUCAACAGCAAUUUCAUCGUCGAGCUAGUGAUUGGAACUAAAGCACAACUUGUUUGUAAGCUUUGUAU